AUGCGUCUGAUCUCGCGACGCAUAUCUGCAGCUAGAUUCUGGUGGGACGACGUUCUCAUUGUGAUCAGUUUGCUGGAUUCCUAUGCAACUUACGUCAUGGUCUUCAUUGAUAUUCAUCAUGGCAUGGGACGUCACGCCCAAUUUGUCGAAGUACCUCAAAGAAUGGUGCUGCUGAAAAUGAUCUACGCCAGCGACGUCAACUACCCCUUCAGUAUCUCCACCAUUAAGCUCGCCAUUCUCUUAUUCUACCUACGGCUCUUCGGAUCGCGCACAGGCUUCAGGAAAGUCCUCUAUAUGACCGGCGCCCUCGUCAUCAGCUGUUUUAUUGGCAAAUCUUUCACGGCUAUCUUCAGGUGCACUCCCAUAAGCGCCGCCUUCGUUUCCGAUACGUUCUAUCAGGAGCAACAUUGCAUUGACACCAAUGCCUACCUCAUUCCCACGUCUGUUUUCAAUGUAACGCUCGAUGUCUGGAUUCUCGUUCUACCACUUUACAUCGUUUGGACGCUGAAGCUCUCGCCAAGGCGGAAGUGCGGAUUGAGUGGUAUCUUUUUGCUGGGUGCAUUCACCAUUGGCGCAAGCAUAGCAAGGACAUAUUUUGUAUUCAACGUUGACCUCUCGGACAUUACUUGGUCCUCCGUCACCCCAAUCAAUUGGUCCAGCGUCGAAACCAGCGUUGGUAUCAUCAGCGCUUGUCUCCCAACCCUCCUGCCGGUCCUCGGGGUCUUGGACCGCAAAGUCCAGAAGACCACAACUUUCUGGCGCAGGCUCAUCAAUAGAAGUAAGGACCUGUGGUACUUGGACUCCUCGGUAAGACAGAAAGAAGAAACGCAUCCCACAUCGAAUGAGAAGAUGGCGGCGCCCCCAUUGUCUCUGGGUGAUGUCAGCUGGCGGAGGCCCAAUGACGAAGGCUUUGGGUACGACGAUGCAUUCAAGGAAAAUGGAUUGAAACAUCCAUCGCCGUAA